AUAUAAUUUUAUAUUUUUUGACAAACUCCAGAGCUACAUGGAUCUUGAAUCUGAAAUUAGCAUUUUGGCUAUAGCAAUAGACAUGGGACCAAAAAGACAGGUUCAAACACCUUCUGGUACAACAUCAAUAGUUCAAGAUGUAAUUCUCAUCAAUGAAAAGUUCCAGACAAUUACACUUACUAUGUGGGAUAACUUCGUAGACCAUGUGUGCAACAACAUUUCAAAUGCUUUGAAUAGGAAGCCAGUGAUUAUAGGAACACAUCUCAAAGUUAAAUCUUAUAAUGGUUUGUCUGUUUCCACAAAACGUAAUAGUACAAUCUUAAUUGAUCCUCAAUUUGAAGAAGUUCUCCAACUGACAUCUUGGGUGGACAACAACAUUGACAAGCUCAAUGACAUUGUCAACAACAAGACUUUUUGUGCAAUUACUGUGGUAGCUCCUACUAUAGAAAAAUUAGUGCAGCUCAACAAAAUUGAAGAUAUGUUAUUCAAGGUAUAGCUAUAAUCAAAUUUAUUUAAUAAUGCAUUUAACUUCUCAUCAAUUUUAUUGUAUUUGUCUUAUAUUUUUUUUUUCUUAAUGCAGCAACAAAGUUAUUGGGUGAAGGCAAAGUCACUGCUAAGUUAACUAAUCAACCACUUUGGUACAUGUCAUGUGACAAAUGCAAUAAAAUUGCAAAUGCUUGCAACAAGGUCGCAGAUAUUAACCACAAUGAAAUUUAUGAAUGCAUCCAUUGCAAGAAUAAAAAAGCAAUUGCAGUUCCAAGAGUCCGAGCUUUUGUUAACUUAGAAGAUUCAUCAGGUUGUAUCAAUGCAUCCAUAAUUGGAGAAUCUGCUGAGAAAUUAUUUGGAUGCACAGGAAAGCAGUUGAUGGACAUGGACUCUUUGGGCCAUGAUAAGAAACUGCUUGAUAUUAUUUAUGAAUCUUUAAACAAGGACUACAUUAUUUAUGUAAGAGCUGUUAAAAAAGACUCCACUAUAGAUGAAUACUAAUACAAUGUUGUUUUUGUCUUUGAUCUAACUUCUGAUAUGGCUCAAGCAAUAUCUCCACAACCAAAUGAAGUUGGACAUACAGAAAAUAAAUCACCAAAACGACUACAUCUACCCUCUCAUGAAAUCACAGACUCACCAAUGGCAAGCAAGGCAAAGAAAGUCCUUUUUCUGGCUUCAAACAAGCUUGCUAAUGCUGCUGUUGAACAUGUUAAUGAUCUUUCUGCAAUUGAAAAGAAUGUUGCCAAAAACGCUACCAUUGAAGAGGAUAAUGAGAAGCUGAAGGAUCCAAUCAACACUGAACUUGACAAAAAAUGAAUAGAAUUACUUUCUAGCUUUAUAUAUCUAUAUAUAUAUAUA